AUGACACAGUAGGAUGGGGAUUAUAACUUGUUUAUGUAACACCAGGAUAUUGUCCUUAAUUUUGUUAAUUGUUUGAGGUAUAAAGACAAAUUAUUUUUUUUAAAUUACGUCAUUCAAGUUUAAGAUUUGUCAAAGUGGUUACUUGAAAUAUAAGGACAAUACUUACAUAAGCAGAUGCGAUUAACCAUAUNAUAAAAACUGUAUUAUCCAUUUAUUCAUAGAAUGGUCUCCAAUCUUAUUUUGCUAAUCAAGUUACUAGUACUAAAAAUUAUUCUCAAUCUUCAUCUACUGAUAUUUCCCCUAAUUCCUAUUCAACUUUUAUCACAAGGAAAUUAUGAAAAUUUUUACCUGACACAAUUGUUUAAAUCAUAGAUUGUAUAAUAAUUAAUUAUUAAAUUUUAGAUUAUUCUAUCAUUCCACCUCCCAAAAAUUUGUUGUGAUAUUAAAAAGGUUGUUUAAUUUUCAAGUUUUCUCAAACUUUUUGGCUUAAUUGAAGUUGUGAAUUCAUAUUAGCGAUUGAUAUAUCAUGACUUACAUAAAAAUGAGAAAUAUACUAAUUAGAAUGGUAGUAAUUAUAAUUGAAAUAUCUUAGUUUACAAAUUUUCAGAUUUGGUAUCAACUAUAUACAAUUAAUGGUUUAUUAUAUAUGACCCAGAGCACGUAGAUACAUCUUCAACUAUUCUAGACUCUGGGAUAUAUGGUUUAUUUAAGUUUAAUUCUGGUAUCUAUAAAUAUUAUUAUUCUAAUUUUUAUGCAAAUUAUUUAAUUGGAUUGAAAAUAUCAAUUGUAACUUAUAAUGAUAUUCCAAUUUAUUGUGGAUUAUCCAUUAUGAUUACAGAAGCGUUCAAAUUAUAUAUCUCAUUAUUUAUGAUGAAUAAUUUAAUUCAUUUUGAAUAUCAAUUAAAAUAAUUUACAAAUUUAGGUACUCUAUAAUGAUUAUUAUGUUGAUUCUAUAUAUAGAGAUGAAUCUGAUAUUUAAACACAUAAUUUAAUAAUCUAUACUACUUCUAGCACUCCUUCAUCAUUAACUUAUAAUUCAAUUCAACAGUUAUCUUUAAUUACAUAUAUUGAAAUUCCUAAUUUUCCAUUUCUAUAUUCAGUAAAAGGAAAUUACACGUAAAAUGAAUAAAUUAUAAAUUAGAGAUGACACAGUAGGAUGGGGAUUAUAACUUGUUUAUGUAACACCAGGAUAUUGUCCUUAAUUUUGUUAAUUGUUUGAGGUAUAAAGACAAAUUAUUUUUUUUAAAUUACGUCAUUCAAGUUUAAGAUUUGUCAAAGUGGUUACUUGAAAUAUAAGGACAAUACUUACAUAAGCAGAUGCGAUUAACCAUAUCAAAAAUUAAAUGGUUCUUAUUGUUAAGAUUUUUAUGA